AUGAUUAGAGGGAGAGCAGAUAUCUAGAGUAUGGAGUCAAGCAAAGAAAUACAUGUUAGAUAAACUACAACAACUAAUUUACUACCGACUAUAGUUAUUGAUCAUCAUGACGAGCAGCAUGAACAUUUGUAGCCUUCUCUAUAAGUGAUUGAGGAAUCCGUAGAUGCGUUGCCUUAAAAAGAGGAUCAUAAAUUCUAUCCUAAUUACCUCGGAUAACGGAAUUACUGGAUUUCAAAAUUAUUCUUUCUUCAUUAUACCUAGUAUGCUUUAUAUUUGAAGAAACAUUUGCUGGAUAAAAAUUUAAAGAUUAUUCAAUAACAUUUACCAUAGUUGUCUCCCAAAGACGAUUUAUAAAAAUCAGUAGACACAUCAUUAAAAAAAAUCAAUUAAUUUAGCCAAAUCACAACCUGCCAAUUGGUGAAUUUGAUUUUCUUUGGUGAGCUCAAAGGGGUCACAUUCAAAUGUAUCAUAGCGUUUUUUAUCGAAUCCUUGUCUAAAAAUGGUAUCUCAUUUAUACUUAGCAAUAUAAUGACAUGCGUUUCAUCUAAUGAUAUCGAGGGUGCCCAUUUGUUUGCCAUAGUCCUGGUCACUUUAAAUUUGCUUUGCACCUUGAGCAGACAUCAUGCAGCUAAUUAAUCAAUAAUAUUUUCAUCAAAAGCAAGACUGACAUUAAUAAAUCUGGUUUACAUUAAAUUGAUUGAAUUAAAUUAGUACUCAUUUAAAUAAGCAAAUAUCGGUAAAAUAUUAAAUAUCUUAUCUGGCGAUAUCAACACCUUAGAAUAAGUAUUGAGUAUGAUCUUUCCAAGCAGUGUAGUGAUAAUAUCAUUAUUAUUGGCCUGUUACAUUUUGUGGGAUCGAUUCAACGGUUUUAUUGGAAUUUUAGUUGUGGCUAUAAUAUUUAUAGCAUACCCUAUUUAAAUUUUUUUGUAAUCAUUUAAUUCUCAGACUCUUAAACUUCAGAAGUAACACUAGGAUAAGAGGUUCAAAAUAACUAACGAAUUAAUUGAGGGAAUCCGUUUAAUAAAAAUGUACGCUUGGGAAUAAGCAUUCAAGAAAAUGAUCUUGACAGCAAGGAGAGAAGAAUUCAUUUGUCUCUUAAAAGUUGUUAUCAGAUCAGGAAUCGAUAGGUUAUUUACUUUAAUUUCUUAAAUUUGGGCGAGUUUGUUAUUUUUUAUUAUUCUACAUUAUGGAGGUUAUAGAGAUUAAAUGAGUGUGGCAGAAAUGAUAUCAACUCUUUAAUUGUUGUCAUUCCUCAAACUAAAUUGUGUUUACAUGGUUUCAUAUGGAAUUUAAUCUGUUAUUUAGAUAAAGGUUUCUUUUGAAAGAAUAGCGAAAACGUUGAAUUUGUAGAAUUUUGAGAUGAAACAACUACAACAAAAUUAAAAGAAGGAUGAAUGCAAAUCAGAUGAUUGCAAUCUAGCUAUUGUAUAAUUUUAGAACUUCUCAGCUUAUUGGACUCACUCUGUUACUAAGAACGACAAACCAGUUUUGAAAAAUAUAACUAUGGAUAUCUUGGAAGGCGAAACAUGGGCUAUAAUUGGCAAAGUAGGUUCUGGAAAAUCAACAUUCUUACAUUCUUUGUUGUCAGAAAUACCUGCUUAUGAAGGCACUCUCCUUAUUAGUGGUAAAGAUCCUAAAAAUAGUGACUUAUCAAUUGCUUAUGUAGAAUAGGAACCUUACAUAUUUCCUGACACCAUCAGAAAAAACAUCCUAUUUGGAAGACCGUACAAUAGGAUUUUAUAUGAGAAGGUAACUCAAGCAACGGAAUUAGAUGUGGAUUUUACUUUGAUGAAAUUCUCUGAUCACACUGAAAUUGGAGAAAGGGGUAUUACCCUUUCAGGGGGAUAGAAAGCAAGGAUAUCUUUAGCAAGGGCUCUUUAUUCAUUAGCAGAUAUAUAUUUAUUUGAUGAUCCCUUGUCUGCUGUUGAUGCUCAUGUAGCAGAGAUUAUAUUUUAGAUAGCCAUCAAAUCAUUUAUUUUUAAUGAGCAGCCUCUUCUUAAACCUCAAAAAUAAAGACCUGUAGUUGUUAUUGCAACACACUAAAUUUAGUAUGCAGUGAAAUGUGACAAAAUUGCAAUAUUAAACGAUGGUGAAAUAAUUGCUCAAGGGCCUUACGAAAAAAUUAAGGAAUCACUCUAUAUGAUCAAUAAAGGAUUAGCAUUACAAUUAAAUAUUUAACCGAAUGAUAAUAAACAUCAAGAGGACCUCAGAUCAUCAGUCAGAAGACGAACCGGCGCAAGAUCAACCUACGUUAGAAAUCUUACAAUCCAAGAAUAAAAUUCAUCAUAAGUGAUGGAUCUUUCAACCUUCAUUCGAUAUUUCAAAUAUUGGCACUGCCUUGAAUUGAUUCUCAUAUUAGUGUUAGAGGCAGGAUCUGAAAUAAUAAUUAUUUUCUAUUAAAGAAUUAUUUCAUUAUUUUCAGAAUAUUAAACAUAGGAUGAAAUUAAUUUGGCCUACACCUAAUUGGGCAUUCUCACAACUGUUUUACUCUUUUGCAACUUUAUUAAAUACAUUAUUAAUAUAUUUUAAGUUCAAAACACCACUUAACGCAUCCAUAAAGAAAUGCUUGACUCAAUAAGCAUAGCUCCAAUAUCUUAUUUUGAUACCAAUCCUUCAGGAAGAAUUAUCAAUAGAUUUUCUAAUGAUCUAUCCUUAUGUGAUGCUCAAACCAAUCAAGUUUGCUUAGACAUUUUAGAAUUGAUUGGAAACUUUCUAUUUGCUUUAGUGACUUUGGCAAUUUUGUAGCCUUUCUUCUUAAUCAUGAUAAUGGCUUUAUUGCUUAUUGAUAUCUACAUCUACAGUUUCUACAACAAAAUUAUAAGCUAAUUGAAAGAAAACGAGCUGAUUCAAAGAAGCCCACUAUUUGAUUUCAUUAAGAAAACAUUAGGCGGAGCUGUUUAAGUCAGGGUGUAUGGACAAAGGGAGUGGUUUAUAAAACAGUUUUAUGAACUAUCAAACAAUUGCAAUCUAAAUUCUUUGACUUACUAUUAUUAGGCUAGAUGUUUUGGAUUUAAUAUUGAUAUGAUUGGAUUUUUUGCAUAAACUGUGGGUCUCUUUAUUUUCUUGAAUUUGAAUAAUGAUGAUAUUGCCAUAUUCUCUUAAGGAGUAUUACUAUUAGCUACAUAUAAUGAUGGCUUGCAAUUGGGAUUAAGGCAGAUGAUCAACUUCGCCACCCAAAUGAAUUCAUACAAUAGAAUGUUUGAAAUCAUUGACAUCCCACCUGAAGCACCACACAUUAAAGAAGAUGACGAAAAGCUCAAUAAAUUCCCUUUAAAUGGGGACAUUGCUUUCGAAAAUGUUUAUAUGAGAUACAGAGCCAAUUCUGAUUUGAUUUUAAAGGGCAUAUCUUUUAAAAUUAAAAGUGGGUAGAAAAUAGGUUGUGUUGGAAGGACAGGUGCUGGUAAAAGCUCAAUAUUAUAAGCCAUAUUUAGAAUGUCUGAAAUAGAAGAUGAAGAAGAUUCCUCCAUUUCAAUAUCAGGCGUGGACAUUAGAAACUUAGGAUUAAAAAAGCUACGAAGCAAUAUUGGAAUUAUUCCUUAAUGUCCGUUCUUAUUUACAGGAACAGUAAAAAGCAAUCUCGAUCCUUUCGAAGAAAACAAUGACGAAAGUAUUAUGAAAGCUUUAGAAAUUACUGGUCUUAUCGAACAUAUUAAAUAAUUUCCAAAAGGAAUUCUAACUGAUAUAUCAGAUGUCAAUUCUGUUUUCUCUGUUGGAUAAAAACAACUAAUAUGUUUGACUCGUAUUCUAUUAUCAAAAAAGAAGAUCGUUGUUUUAGAUGAAGCAACUGCUAAUUUAGAUCUAAAGACAGAUGACUUUAUUUAAGAAACAUUAAAAAAAUAGCUGAAAGAUUGCACGUUGAUAACCAUAGCUCAUAGAUUGAAUACAAUUGCAGAUUAUGAUAGAGUCAUGGUCAUUUAUGAUGGGAGGGUUAUUGAAUAUGAAAAACCAUUCAACCUCUUAGCAAAAUCAACUAAUUCAACAUUCAUAGAUAAAAAUUCAGAAUUUUCAAAACUUGUAAAGAACACUGGAAAUUAGAAUGCAUAAGCUAUUUUUGACAUUGCUAAAAAACGGCUGAUUUAAAUAGAACAUUGA